AAGAAUUGAUUUGGUGAUUAAAUAAUGUUCUGAAUUGAGUAAAACAGUUUAUUUAGACACAUGUGGCAUUAGCUAGAUGGAUUUAUAACAUGUUUAUUACAAUAUAGUAACACGUUUAUUACGAUAUAAUGACUAUUUGAAGGCCGACUGGCUCUGCGUGUGCUGUAUCUGCUGACUGUGGAGUAGCUCGCUCUAGUUGAGACUCUUAGCGAGCUCAGGUCUGGAUUUCUGAUCAACAUGGCUGCUUUGCUCCUCCCUCCGUCUCUGUUCUCCUCGUCCCGUCAGAGAGGCUUCUGUGUCUGAGCCACUCUCUCGUCCUCCACGGACCGCCAGCGUCACACACAUGUCCUCGGCCAUGGCCCCGGUCAAACCCUCCGGCACCGCCGGCCCCAAAGAGGUGGAGCUGAUCCUGGUGAAGGAGCAGAAUGGGGUGCAGUUCACCUCCUCAGCUCUGGUCAGUCCCAGCGGUCAGACACACCCCUCCGGAGAGGAGCGCGAGACCUGGGGCAAGAAGAUCGACUUCCUCCUGUCCGUCAUCGGCUUCGCUGUGGACCUCGCCAACGUCUGGAGGUUCCCUUACCUGUGCUACAAGAACGGUGGAGGUGCGUUCCUGGUGCCGUACCUCUUCUUCAUGGUGAUCGCUGGGAUGCCGCUCUUCUAUAUGGAGUUAGCUCUUGGUCAGUACAACCGUGAAGGAGCAGCAGGAGUCUGGAAGAUCUGCCCCAUCUUCAAAGGCGUGGGCUUCACGGUGAUCCUGAUCUCGCUGUACGUGGGCUUCUACUAUAACGUGAUCAUCGCCUGGGCUCUCUUCUACCUGUUCUCCUCCUUCUCCGGGGAGCUGCCCUGGAUCCACUGCAACAACACCUGGAACAGUCCCAACUGCUCUGACCUCAACUCCACGCUGCUCAACGACACGUACAAGACCACGCCGGCGCUCGAGUACUUCGAGCGAGGCGUGCUGCAUCUCCACGAGAGCUCCGGCAUCGAUGACCUGGGUCUGCCGCGCUGGCAGCUCACCUCCUGCCUGGCCGUGGUCAUCGUGGUGCUCUACUUCAGUCUGUGGAAGGGAGUCAAGACCUCAGGGAAGGUGGUGUGGAUCACAGCCACGAUGCCCUAUGUCGUCCUGACCGUCCUGCUGUUGCGCGGCAUCACACUGCCUGGAGCCAUCGAUGGCAUUAAAGCCUACCUGAGCGUGGAUUUCCUGCGCCUGUGUGAUGCUCAGGUCUGGAUCGAGGCCGCCACGCAGAUCUGCUUUUCUCUGGGAGUGGGGUUUGGUGUGCUAAUCGCCUUCUCCAGCUACAACAAAUUCAGCAACAACUGCUACAGAGACGCCAUCAUCACCAGCUCCAUCAACUCUCUGACCAGCUUCUUCUCUGGCUUCGUCAUUUUCUCCUUCUUGGGUUACAUGUCACACAAACACAACGUGGCUCUAGAUAAAGUCGCCACAGACGGUCCUGGUCUGGUGUUCAUUAUUUACCCAGAAGCCAUUGCUACACUGCCAGGUUCAUCAGUGUGGGCUGUGAUCUUCUUCAUCAUGCUGCUGACUCUGGGAAUCGACAGCGCUAUGGGAGGGAUGGAGUCUGUGAUCACAGGACUCACCGAUGAAUUCAAGUUCCUGCACAAACAUCGAGAGCUCUUCACGCUCUUCAUCGUGGUCUUCACAUUCCUCAUCUCUCUCAUCUGUGUCACGAACGGAGGCAUCUAUGUGUUCACACUGUUGGACCACUUUGCCGCCGGGACAUCGAUUCUGUUUGGAGUGCUGAUUGAAGCCAUCGGCAUCUCCUGGUUCUACGGUGUGGAUCGCUUCAGUGAUGAUAUCCAGGAGAUGAUCGGACAGAGACCGGGCCUCUACUGGAGACUGUGCUGGAAGUUUGUCAGUCCGUGUUUCCUCCUGUUCAUGGUUGUUGUGAGUUUUGCGACGUUCAAUCCUCCCAAGUACGGCUCAUAUUAUUUCCCGGCGUGGGCGACGAUGCUGGGCUGGUGUCUGUCCAUCUCCUCCAUGAUCAUGGUGCCGCUCUACGCCUUCUACAAGUUCUGCUCUCUGCCCGGAAGCUUCUGUGACAAACUAGCGUACGCCAUCACUCCAGAGACGGAGCAUCACCUGGUGGAGCGCGGAGAAGUGCGGCAGUUCACGCUUCAUCACUGGCUGGUGGUUUGAGGUGAUGAAGAUGAUGAUGACGGCACACGAGGACUGGAGUUGUUUCUUUCUUGCGUCAUCGGACAUGGCUGUUUGGUGACAGUGUGUCAGGAUCAGUUUCACUAUACGAUGACUGUUAUGAUGCUUGAUGUUGUCCAACUGACUGUUUGUUUGUUUAUAAUAUCUUUUCAACUGAGCCUUAUUGAUAAAUGUGACUGAAGUGUCAAAAACUGUACAAAAGACAUAUUAAGCAACACUAAAGUUUAGAGACGUGUAAAUAGUGCUACUGCAAAAAAACAAGAAAUAAAUCUAUCCUCUUUGUGUUUGAGAAGUGGAAAUGUGUUUAUGACUGAACAAGUUCAGCUGAUCACAACAAAGCUGUCUGAGUUUCACGCUUGCUUAUAUGAGCAGAAGAGAUCUCUUCAUCCAAGACUUUAGAUCGCAAUAAGGCUUAACCGUUGGUCACUCCGUGUUUGCAGAACUGCAGAAAUCAGUCUGUGGGCAUUAUAUUGUGAGCUCUUAGCCUUUAGUCCAUGCAGUG